UAGGGCAGCACCCCACUUCUGCAUGCCCUGCUUAUGGUAACUGGGAGCACUGGGAGGGUGUUCCUGUUUUGGGGAGGGGUCCCUGAGCCCGUCCCCCCUUUCCCCGAGAAUUCCCUGCUGGCCUGCGAGUUCCUGCUGCAGAACGGGGCCAGCGUCAACCAGAGCGACAGCCGCGGCCGGGGACCGCUGCACCACGCCACCAUGCUGGGACACACCGGCCUGGCCUGCCUGUUCCUGAAGCGGGGGGCCGACGUCAACGCGGUGGACGCGGACGGGAGGGACCCCCUGACCAUCGCCAUGGACUUGGCCAACGCCGACAUCGUCACCCUGCUGCGAUUGGCCAAGAUGCGAGAGCUGGAGGUGGCCCAGGGACAGACCG